CCGAGCCGGUGCGAGCGCAGCCUCGUGCCCGCCGCCCGUCCCCGCCGCCCUCAGCCUUGUCCCCGCCGCCGCCGCCGCCGCCCCCGGGGCAUGGCCUGUCUGAUGGCCACUUUCUCGGUUGGCACCGCCAUGAACGGCUCUUCAGGGAUGACAGAGCCCAAGUCAGUGUGCGUCUCGGUGGACGAGGUAGUCUUCGGCAACAGGGACACCAUGGAGAAGGAGCUGUUGAACGGACAUCUGAAGAAGGAGGACAACAAUCUCACAGAAGCCCAGCGCCUCUCCUCCCUGCCUCGGAGAGCGGCAGUGAACAUUGAGUUCAAGGACCUCUCCUACUCUGUCCCAGAAGGCCCCUGGUGGAGGAAGAAAGGAUACAAGACCCUUUUGAAGGGCAUUUCUGGAAAGUUCAACAGUGGAGAGCUGGUGGCCAUCAUGGGUCCUUCUGGGGCUGGAAAGUCCACACUCAUGAACAUCCUAGCUGGAUACAGGGAGACCGGCAUGAAGGGUGAGGUCCUCAUCAACGGGCUCCCUCGGGACCUGCGCUGCUUCCGGAAGGUGUCCUGUUACAUCAUGCAGGAUGACCUGCUGCUGCCGCACCUGACCGUGCAAGAGGCCAUGAUGGUAUCUGCACACCUCAAACUCCAGGAGAAGGACGAAGGAAGAAGGGAGAUGGUCAAGGAGAUCCUGACGGCCCUGGGCCUGCUGUCUUGUGCCAACACGCGGACUGGCAGCCUCUCAGGUGGCCAGCGGAAGCGACUGGCCAUCGCGCUGGAGCUGGUGAACAACCCUCCGGUCAUGUUCUUCGAUGAGCCCACCAGUGGCCUGGACAGCGCCUCCUGCUUCCAGGUUGUCUCCCUGAUGAAGGGGUUGGCCCAGGGCGGCCGGUCCAUCAUCUGCACCAUCCACCAACCUAGUGCCAAGCUCUUCGAGCUGUUCGACCAGCUUUAUGUCCUCAGUCAAGGACAGUGUGUGUACCGAGGGAAAGUCUCAAACCUUGUACCAUAUUUGAGGGACUUAGGUCUGAAUUGCCCAACCUACCACAACCCGGCCGAUUUCGUCAUGGAAGUCGCGUCCGGCGAGUACGGCGACCAGAACGGCCGCCUGGUGAGAGCGGUCUGGGAGGGCAAGUGCGACUCUGACUGCAGGAGAGAGCCUGAGGGCGAUGCCGAGGUGAAUCCUUUUAUUUGGCACCGGCCCUCUGAAGAGGUAAACCAGACAAAACGAUGGAAGGGGUGGAGAAAGGACUCCACUUCCAUGGAAGGCUGUCACAGCUUCUCUGCCAGCUGCCUCACCCAGUUCUGCAUUCUCUUCAAAAGGACUUUCCUCAGCAUCAUGAGGGACUCGGUCCUCACGCACCUGCGGAUCACGUCCCACAUCGGCAUUGGCCUCCUCAUUGGCCUGCUCUACCUGGGGAUCGGGAACGAAGCCAAGAAGGUCCUGAGCAACUCCGGCUUCCUCUUCUUCUCCAUGCUCUUCCUCAUGUUCGCGGCCCUCAUGCCCACCGUCCUCACAUUUCCUCUGGAGAUGAGCGUGUUUCUCCGAGAACACCUGAAUUACUGGUACAGCCUGAAGGCCUACUACCUGGCCAAGACCAUGGCGGACGUGCCCUUUCAGAUCAUGUUCCCCGUGGCCUACUGCAGUAUCGUGUACUGGAUGACGUCCCAGCCGUCUGACGCUGUGCGCUUCGUCCUGUUCGCGGCACUGGGCACCAUGACCUCACUAGUGGCGCAGUCCCUGGGCCUGCUGAUCGGAGCUGCAUCCACAUCACUGCAGGUGGCGACCUUCGUGGGACCCGUCACGGCCAUCCCCGUGCUCCUCUUCUCAGGGUUCUUCGUCAGCUUUGACACGAUCCCCACCUACUUGCAAUGGAUGUCCUACGUCUCUUACGUCAGGUAUGGGUUUGAGGGGGUCAUCCUCUCCAUCUACGGCCUCGACCGGGAGGACCUGCACUGUAACACUAAUGAGACGUGCCACUUCCAGAAGUCAGAGGCUAUCCUGCGAGAAUUGGAUGUGGAGAACGCCAAGCUCUACUUGGACUUCAUUGUCCUGGGGAUUUUCUUCAUCUCCCUUCGUCUCAUUGCCUACCUCGUGCUGAGAUACAAAAUCCGGGCCGAGAGGUAAAGUGUUGGAAAGCCAGAGAGAGGAACGUCGGACACCGUGGCCAUGGGCCACUUCCAGAACCCUUGAGGGGCUCAAGGACACAGACACGCCUGUGGACCCUGAGGACUACGUUGGGUUGUCAGCGGCCAACCAGUGCUGCACUUCGCUGCCCCACUGAGUUGGGUCUUCUCUCCAUUACCCUUUCUAGCUAUAACUAGGAAGAAGAUGUAGAAUGGUCUUUCUUUUUCACAUGCAGAAAUUUUUAAAAUACAACCCCUGAGGCAGAAUUUAAAACUGCCACAAAGUGGGUGACAAGAGGCUUCCUCAGCAGAAUUCUUCCUUCUGACCGGGGAACUCUCGUUCUGCACGAGGAAUGUGGGCAGUUUCCCGGGGCCCCUGGGCAGUCAGAUGUCCAGGGGUGGAAAGGCGAAGCCAAGAGGGACUCCAUCCUGUGACUGGUAUUUUCGUAGUUUCAUCUUUCUACAGUUUGUCUCUUUUUCCAACGAGAAGUCGUUUUCCAAGUCAAAAGUUGAUCAAUUUCAUUCAUUUCCAGAAGCUGUACCUUUUUAGUACUUGGUGAAAAAAAUUAUUCAGGGUAAACGUACUUCGUGGAGAGACGUGAGGGGUUUGGCUUGAUCGCUGAGCUGGUCUGAUUUGCAGACAGAUUCUGGGAAAGACAUAGGUGCUGAUUGCAGGUUGGAGGAAAACCGUGGAACCAACCAUGUGCGCUAAGCCAGGCAGGAAUUUUUUAAAGUUGCACAGAAAGUUGUAAGGCAAAUUUGGCUAUCUCUUUCAAAAUCUUUUUUUCCCCCUGCGCUUCUGAUUUUCACUUAAGCAAAAUAUAUUGGGUUUUUUUUUUCCCCUAACUUUCUGAGCACCUUAAUUUUGCCUAAAAAUUCUAGAAGCUCAAUCCUGCUGAUUUUUUACAAACAUUUUCUCUUCCCUCACUUAUCACAUCAACUACCUCCACUGAACCUGGGGACGCUGGGCUUAGAGAAACCCAGGUGUGAACGUGCAGGAUCUGCAGGCGUAGCCCAUGAAAGAUGUACUAACUGCACAGGAGGGAAGAUGCUGAGAUUUCCUGAGAAUCCAAGGCCUUUGUAAGAAACAGGCAAAAGCUGAGUGUGGCCAAGAUUCUGGAGCUCCGUCAAACUAUACCAAGAGCCGUGGGAGAUGCUGUGUCCCACAUCUGGUUUCCAUGGCAGCUCAGCGGCACCAUCAUCUUUUCAGUCUUUCCAGAUUGGAAACGUCUUUCCAAUGAGGCGAUCACAUAAGCAAAAUCCCUCUAGGGCAAGAGUCAUGGGCACUUCUGUAGGGUAAAUGGCCUUUGAAUUCCUGGCAGGAGCCUGUGUGCUUGUCAGAAUCAGUGUGGCCACAGGGUAGAAGGGGGCUCAGGCCAAAGAAGGUUUCUGAAGGAAACAGAACUAUUUUCCCCUUCUAGAAUGCCGUGAACCUGGAAUCAGGGUCUCCGAGUGAAUCUGCUUUUUGUUGUAUGGAAGUUUGAUAAAACCCCUUACUGCAAUGGCCUGAGAUAACAUCCGGGCUUCCCAAAGUGGCUCAGUAGUAAAUAAACCGCCUGCCAAGCAGGAGAUGUGGGUUCGAUCCCAGGGGCGGGAAGAUACCCUGGAGAAGGAAAUGGCAACCCGCUCCAGUAUUUUUACCUGGAGAAUCCCAUGGACAUGGGAGCCUGGCAAGCUGUAGUCCAUGAGGUCACAAAGAGUCAACACAAUUGAGCAACAAAGCAACAACAAAAGAUAAUAUCCAAGUAACUUGUUGAUUUUAUUUUUCUAAAUGGGUUUAGUUAAGAGGUGGGGGGAGGGGUGAUGUGCUGUCUCACACAUUGAAAUUUAAACCAGGGCCACUUGCCAAGUCUAAUUCUUUUAAGUAAUUUCUGAAUGUAAUGACUUGGAUCUUCCUUUGUCUGUGAUUUCAUUUCUUCAUUUAGAAGGAAGGAGAAAACUUCGGAUGAAUGAUUUGCUGCCUUUCUGGUUGUUAGUAUAGGUGAGAAUAUAAGUCCAGAGAAUCUCUGAUUCAUGGGGUUGAGGAGAGGAAGGGGCUCCACUGUGUUCUAACCCCCGUGGCUCCUCAAAAGCAUCAGGGCCUGGCUUUGCUGACCAGCCCAUCUUGGGAGCCUUUCGCCACUGUCUGCAGUACCUCAGACCUCCCUUUCACCUAUUCUUACUGAGCAUCAGCUUGAGAAUUAAAUGCUUCCAAAGCUUCGUACAUGUGACAUGGGAAGGAAAGACACCAGAUAAACAUUUUACACCGAAGAUGCUGGAAUCUGAUUAAGUCACCUUGGGAGAGGGCCCUUCCGGACCAAGAAACAGGACUUAAGCUUUUAGGUAAAAAUUCAUCCUAGAGACCCACAGGAAGGUCAUUUUCCCACCUGAGAAAGGUCAGGGGCAGGCCAGUGCGUGAGGUAGAAAGGCCUCCAGUGGGUUCACGGCUGAACAUCCCCCCCGAGCACCUAGCAUCCAUCGUUCCUCACUGGGCGACCUGGCUAUGUGCCUAACCAGCUCCUCUGCUCAGGUCCUUACUUCCUAACGUGUGUUGACUCCCCCCCGCCACUCUCCGCAUGCUUGGUGCGGCCAGAGCACCGAGGCUGGGGAGGCUCAGUGAGGCCCCGGGCCCGAGGGCCAGGAGAGAGCCAGGUCUGACCCCAAAUGCUCUAUGACUUUCGCUUUGCCCUCUUGCCUCCUGUUCUCAGUGUGUGAAUGUACUCAAAAGUACUUUUCAAGGUGUAAAGUGUGAUACAAGGAUAGCUCUGGACUUGCUGUCACCGUGCAGACCAUGGGGAUGUGGGGCAGCCUGCUCCUCUUUCUUCGGUUGCCUUUUGUAGGGGGGUCCCGAGCUGGCCUGGGGACCCAGCUUCUUACCCCCACCACACCCACCCACCCUGUCUCAGCAGAGAGGUGCCUUCCUCUGCCUGUGCCUGGCUGUAGCCUCCUAACGCGGCCUGCCUGUGGGCUGGCUGGGGUCCGAGAGGGCCCAGUGUGUGUGUGCCUACGAGUGUGUGCACACACGCGCAGGGACACGCGCCAGCUCGCUCCGGGUGUGUAUCUCAUAGUAUUAUCUGUGGCGUCUCUGUACAUCUUUACUUGUCCUUUACUCCAAGAAGGAAAGAGAAAAUUCCCCGACUUCACACCUGCCGAGCAGAUGGUGAAGCGUAGUCAGAACCCACUCAGUCUCAGCAAAUGCCGGCUUGAUCAGCGUGUGGCAGAAAGCAAACCCAAACAACCCAGCUGGGCGGAGGGAGGUGCAGUGUGUACGGCCAUCAAGUUAGAGGCUCUGAAGAAAUAAGACCGCUAAUAAAAUAUUUUA